CAGCAACGAAUGUAUGCCGCAUUAUUUUUGUCCGGUGUAGAAGACCUAUUAUUAUGGUGCUCAUAUAAGUUUCACCUGAUCAGCUGAUAGGCAGCUAACGUUAACGUUGGUGAAUGUUUUCGUUAAUCAUGGCAGAAAUAUCCACUGAUCCAAAACAAAGCACUCGCAUGCAGCCACCGCCUGGCCUAAAAUCACUUAUUGAACAUUGUCAAAGUGUUUAUCCAGAUCAACCAAAUCCCCUGCAAGUGACAACUGUUUUAAAAUAUUGGCUAGGAGGCCAAGAUCCAUUAGACUACAUUAGCAUGUAUGAUAACAAAGGCGAUCCUGAAAACGGAGUUCCUCCACAUUGGCACUAUAUUAGCUUCGGUUUAAGUGAUUUACAUGGAGACGGUAGAGUUCACGCAAGGGAAACGAAUGAUGAACGUUCUGGGAUGGGAUUCGAAAUAACAUUCCGUCUGCUUAAAUCAGAAGCUGAAAAUAAGAGCGAUAAAAAAUCCACGCAUCCACCAACUUGGCCUGCAAAUUUAUUGCAAGCAAUAGCCCGGUACUGCUUCCAAACUGGUAAUAUGCUAUAUUUCGGAGAUAACAUCCCUUGGCGAAAAAGUCUGGAUGGCAGCGCCAAUUCACGUUUGCAGAACAUUUUGAUAACACAGGAUGAACAAUUGGGCAGUAUUGAGACAGUUUUUGGAAGAGUGGAAUUCUGUCAAGUAGUUGGUGUUACAGAUGAGGAACUAGAACAAGCAUCCCGUUGGAAUGGUCGCGGUGUUCUUAAUUAUCUACGACAAGAUAUACAAACAGGAGGGAAAUGGUGGAUUACGAACAUGAACCGGUCUCUCAGUGUUUUCGAACUAUUUCCUGAGUUAUUGCUUAAUUUGCAAGAUGACUUGGAAAAGCAAGGCUCUGAUUUAGCUGGAGUGAAUGCCGAGUUCACUUUCCGUGAGAUUCGAGAAAACCAAUGUAUCAAAACCGAAAUAGAUUCAAACAGCUUAAAUGAACAAUGCGUCUCGGAUGAAAACAAUCGCUUAGAAAAUUUGCAAAUCAAAUGUGAGGACGUUAGCUUUCCACAAUCAAUGUCAAUGAGCAGUAGUUCUUUACAUAAAUCUUGUCCCCUAAGUUAUCAGCCUGAUUCGGUAAAUUCAAUAUCAUUAGAAGGAAUCGAAAUAACUUUGGCACCCUAUGCUGCAAAAUACCUUAUUUUGGCAGUAAAGGAUCGCAUUCGCCAUGGGCGCCAUUUCACAUUUAAAGCGCAACACUUAGCACUAACUUUAGUGGCAGAAUCAGUUACCGGAUCCAUUGUGAAUAAAUCUUCACCAUACGGUGUAAUUGGGUAUUGGAUACAAGUGCUUGUUCCUAAUGAAUUAAUUCCACGUAUGAUGGACGACUUCCAAGGCUUAGAGUUAGAGGAUAAUGUGGAAAUCAAAAAACGUAUCGAAUUUAAUUGGCCAGAAUUCAAAUUGAAAUUAAUUAUUGAUAAUCCAGGUAUUAUGAUGGAUCCUCCUCCUGCCGGCUUAUAAUUAUUUUUAACAUAAUUCAUCAGUUUUUAAUUCUUCUAUAAAUGCAAGACCAUAGAAAAAAAAUAUCUGACGACUCAAAGAAAAUAAUUAAUAGAUUUAACCGAUCCGCAGUCCGGACCAAAAUUAACCGAAAAAAUGAAGUACGACACAAAUUUAAAGGCUGCGGUACUCGACAUAUGGACAAACAUAUGUAUGUCAAUAUAUUUUCAAAAGGAAUUAAAGCCCUACGAAGUUUCCUGAAAUUUAAAUUUGAAUUCAAAUCAAAUUAAAAUGCGAACAUUGGCUUGUUGAAGAUUAAACACUGUCCUCAUUCAAUAUGAGCUGUGUUUUCAUAACACAAAUUGGUUGAACUCUUGUUCCAAUUAAGUCAAACAAUAAGUUUACGGCUUUUAAUAUAAAUGCAGGAGUUACGGUAUAGAACAUUUUCCCUAGAUUAAAUUUUUUUUGCAUGAUUUGUUGUUCAAUCGGUGCAUAAACCUCCUAGGCUAUUGAUGUUUGAAUGUAAAUCAUUUUUUCAGUUGUUAACUUGGUUAUCAAUGUUUUCAAAAUUAUCUUGAAAUGGCAAAAUAAAGUAAAUGCCGUGUAUUAGACUAUCUUUGCACGAUUUAAGUUUUUUAGACAAGAAAUUAAAUACUUGCAUAUGGGUUUUUAGUUGAUGAUUAUGAAUUAUAAUUUAAUUUUAGAAAUGUAUUUAUAUUU